AUACAGUUGUCCAUAACUGGCACCCAUUGACACAAUAGCUCCCGUUCCAAAGACGUAGCUCCUCCCUAUGUAUGUGUGAGGGAGCGUGUGUGUGUAGCGGGUGGGUGACAGCUGGGCUCACUGCGCUCCGCUCCAGUCUGGUAAGAAGCUUCAUCUCCAAAUAGGAUGACCGUCGGCUUUUGUGGAGAAGGGACUGCAUUCAAGCUCCGUAGCUAGUGCUGGGACACCCGUUUGGUUCGGUCCAUUUAGUUUACCUGAGGGGACUUUAAACAAGAAAACGUCGUUUUUUUUUCUCCCAAGUGUGGAUUUCCGAUGGAUAUUCCGAUUUGAAGAGGUGUGAUUUAAGCGCGGCAUGUAACAAAAAGAAGCGCAAGAGAAAAGUAGCGCUCGUAUUGUUAUUCUGAGACGAGCACCGUUUGAACUGCCUUUAGAGCACUGUCUCAUGGAUUACUAAAGGACAGAGCUGUGUAACCACUCCGCAGCACAUCCAUUCAUGAGCUGAAGGCUGAGGUAAAUCUGUAGCAGAGGACCAGCAGCGGCAGCGUUGGUGCGACCAUGAGGUCAGAGGCCUUGUUACUCUACUUCACGCUACUGCAAAUAGCCGGGGCAGGCUUCCCCGAGGACACCGAGCCUAUUAGUAUCUCACACGGCAACUAUACAAAGCAGUAUCCAGCAUUUGUGGGCCAUAAACCUGGCAGGAACAACACGCAGCGACAUAAACUGGACAUCCAGCUCAUCAUGAUCAUGAACAGGACUUUAUACAUUGCUGCCAGGGAUCACAUAUACACGGUGGACACAGACACUGCCAACAGCGAAGAGAUCUUUUUCAGUAAGAAACUGACGUGGAAGUCCAGGCAGGCAGAUGUGGACACUUGCAGAAUGAAGGGGAAGCAUAAGGAUGAGUGCCACAAUUUCAUCAAAGUCCUCCUGCCAAAUGAUGACACUUUAUUUGUGUGUGGAACAAAUGCUUUCAACCCCUCCUGCAGAACGUAUAAGAUGGAUACCCUUGAGGCUCUGGGAGAGGAGAUAAGUGGGAUGGCGCGCUGCCCGUAUGAUGCAAAGCACGCCAAUGUUGCCCUCUUUGCAGAUGGCAAGCUGUACUCGGCCACCGUAACAGACUUUCUAGCGAUCGAUGCGGUCCUUUAUCGUAGCCUAGGAGACAGCCCGACUCUGCGCACUGUCAAACACGACUCCAAAUGGCUGAAAGAGCCUUACUGUGUUCAGGCUGUCAUAGGGGACUUCAUCUACUUCUUCUUUCGGGAAAUUGCCAUGGGUACAACACAAUGGGAAAGGUUGUGUUUCCCCCGGGUGGCCAGAGUUUGUAAAAACGACCGUGGUGGCUCUCCCCGAGUCCUGGAGAAGCAAUGGACCUCUUUUCUCAAGUCUCGCUUAAACUGCUCCAUCCCUGGUGAUUCACACUUCUACUUCAACAUCCUGCAGGCUGUGACAGAUGUCAUUCACAACGGCAGGGAUUUUGUGAUGGCAACCUUCUCCACACCUUACAACAGUAUUCCAGGCUCUGCAGUCUGUGCCUAUGACAUGGCAGAGGUGGCCAACACGUUUACAGGGCGUUUCAAAGAGCAGAAAUCCCCGGACUCGACCUGGACGCCUUUUCCUGAAGAGAAGGUUCCUAAGCCGAGACCUGGUACCUGUGCCGGCUCUCCAUCCAUGGAAAGGUACAAAGUAUCCAAUGAGUUUCCGGAUGACACACUCAACUUCAUCAAGAUGCAUCCGCUAAUGGAUGAGGCCGUGUCCUCCAUUGCCAACAGGCCCUGGUUCCUCAAGACCAUGGUCCGAUAUCGUCUGACGCGCAUUGUGGUGGACAAUGAGGCAGGUCCCCAUAAGAACCACACUGUAGUAUUUCUGGGAUCUGAGAAGGGCAUCAUCCUCAAGUUCCUGGCCAAGAUGAACAAUGGCUUUCUCAACGAUAGCCUCUUUCUUGAAGAGUUGAACGUCUAUAAUCCUGACAAGUGCAGCAUAGAUGGUGUUGAAGACAAACGUAUCAUCGGUAUACAGAUAGAUCGCAAGAGUCACGCUUGUGGGGUUGCAUUCACUUCCUGCGUUGUUAAGGUUCCGCUGUCACGCUGUGAAAAACACGGAAGAUGCAAGAAGUCCUGUAUAGCCUCCAGAGACCCGUACUGUGGUUGGGUAUCAGAAGGAGCCUGCAGACAGGUGGUUGGCAACACCAAAUCGGCCUUUGAGCAGGACGUGGAGCAUGGCAACACAGGCCUGGGAGACUGCCAAAAUACCUUUGUGGCACUGAAUGGCCACCAUCACCACCCACAUCACUACUCCCUCUCACUCCCCACGGCCCUUCCCGAGGCCGCUGAGGGCCCCCUGGGGCGGGGCCGUAUGGUGGAGCGGAAGGACCCCCAUGAGCUCAGACAAGGGGAGGACCCAUACGUGGCCGUGCCCUCUCAGACUCAAACUGAAGCCAAUGGUGUGAUCCGUGAGAGCUACCAGAGAGGCCGUGACCAGCUCGUUCUGACCUUGUUGGCCAUAGCUGUCAUCCUGGCGUUUGCCAUGGGCGCUAUCUCAGGCAUCAUUGUCUACUGCGUCUGUGACCACCGCCGGCGAGACCUAGACAUGACAGGCCGCAAGGAAAAGGACAGCCACCACCUCCACUCCCUCCGGGGGUCCAUAGAACAGUGUGACCAAGCUGACAGGCCUGUUGAGACGCAGGCUAAAGGACGCCCAGAGCUAUCCUCACCUCCUCUGAUGCACAAUGGGAGACUGACACCGAACGCGAAGAUGUUGAUCAAGGCAGAACAGCACCACCCUAGAUCUGGCAGCCUGCCGACACCCGAGUCCACACUGCAGCGCGUCGCCAAGCCCAGCCGAGGCAGCCGUGAAUGGGAGAGAAAUCAGAACCUCAUCAAUGCCUGCACCAAGGACAUGCCACCGAUGGGCUCCCCUGUUAUCUCUACAGACCUGCCCCUGAGGGCCUCGCCGGGACACAUCCCCAGUGUGGUAGUACUUCCUCUGCCGCAGCCUCAGCACCAGCGCCUCCAGCCUCACUUCGAGCAGCAUCAGCAGUCGUACCAGCACGAAUACAUUAGCAGCCCCACCCACAGUGACCUGAGCAUGGGCCACGGCGUCAUGGACGACCAGGCCACCCUAGAGUACAAGACUGUCAAAAGCCCAUGCCCCAACCUUAACAUGGUGGAUCCAGAUGGGGUGCUUCCGCCCCGUGUGCCGCAGCGGGAGGCGUCCCUCACCAUCCCCGCCGUCCCGCAGAUGGGCAAACGCCUGGAGGUGCACUCGUCAGUGUACGGGCUUCGGAAAGGGUCUGCGUCAUCCGCCUCCGGAUCCUCAGUCCUUAAGAAGCACAACACCAACUCAUCUAACUCCUCCCAUUUGGCGAGACAUCACAGCUUCAACCGUGUGGAGACUCCGCCCCCUGCGCCUCAGAGGGUGGACUCCAUACAAAUGACAGCACAAGGCAUAUCGCUGUCACGGCAACCUGGAAUGAGCUCCUACGGGUCACUGCCCUCGAACGGGCAUCAAACAUCUCAACCUGAUGUCCCACCCAAACCCUCAGUAGUUUCCCUCUCAACAAAAGUCAAGUCCAGUGACUCGUGCACAUAGUCAGCUCCAUGACCAGUCAGUUUAACGAACAGUAGGAAAAGGUUUUCUUCUGAACAAGAGAAAAAACAGGGAAUACUGUACAACUUGCAUCUCCUUUUAGUGUUUUUGUUUGUUUGUUUUUUGGUGUACAGUACAGUGGAAAAAGCAACACGGUUCUUUUUUUUUUUUUUUUUUUUUUAAGAAAACACAUUCUUUUAUAUAAAUAUGUAAUAUUAUACAAAUGGUUGUUGUCAUUUGUUGCCGUCAUCGAGCUCAUGCUCUGGCUGGCUUCCAGUUCCUCUGUAAACACACAUGGGAAACAUGUGCUACUGAAACAGAAGAAGAUGAUCUUGUCCUGAAUAUUUCAUCCAACGACGCCCUGUAGCAUCCAAGACAGUGGCUCUCCUGUUUGUUGUGUUUUUCGCCACCGGGACCUUGACGUGAUACUCUUAUCAUGCUGGUAAAAGCACAUACGAGAAUAGGGUUUGUUUGGAGAAUAAUCACUGUACAGUACCGUGUACAGGACUGGAGGAACACACAGGCACUUGGACCCGAGACUGAGCUCAAACUGAACGGACAGAAAGCCACCUGAGUUCUGUUGGAAACUGUGAAAAGCAUCUCAGUGUUACAGCAAUCAAGUCUUGCCUUGGUUUUAAUUGAAAGCCGGGGCAGAAGAAUCUUCUACUGUACUGGUUACUGAAUAACACAUGACUGUUAAUACUAAUAGCUUGUUGUAUUUAUUUUUAUUAAGUGCUUUGGAAAAAAAAAAAGACUGACUUUCUAGGCUCAGAGAGAGAGAGAAGAGAGAAAAGAGAUCUUUUAAUAAUAAUUAAUCAAGUGUGAGGAAAAACUAACUAUUUAAAGUCAUUAAACUGGAGCCAGUAGAACUUUGUUGAUUGACUAAGGGUCCAUUAGGUCUUACUUGGUGCUCAGUGGGACCUGCAGCUUGACAUAUGUGACCUCUGUGCAGAGGAGGAGAUAUUUAUUUAAACUGUGCCAGACAGGGACUUUUACCUUUACGGACCAGAGUAACCAUUGUUUUUUGACCAAUCAUAAAAAAGACUUCCUGAAUCUCACCCUUUCACUUCUCCAAUGAGCAUCCCCCAAUCAGCACUGUGGUUUUGUGUGAGUCAUAACAUUUGUCCUGAUUGUCGCUGGCUUACCGUUGCCAUCAAAGCUCACUGUUGCAUGUUGCAAAGAAAUAAGAGAAGCAGCUGCAGCAACAGUAGGGAAAUCUGCAAACACACAAAAACAAAAAGCAGCUGUAAGUGGCGCUGCAAGGGAAUGGGGCGAUGCCUCCAUCGUGGAACGUAUCGUCUUUUCUAGCAGCAUCACAGAUGAGCAGGUGAAAAAGAGAAACUAUACAAACAUCUGUAUUGCCUGCUUCUUUUCCACAUGUAAAUUUGUGCCUUACACCCUAAAAUAGUGUUGUUUUCUUUAUUAGCUGUUAACUUUGUCUCCUUGUAGUAUUUUUUAUUUUCUUACAUCAUAACGUUUCCCUGGUUUGAUAAAAAUGCAAUUAAAGAAUGUAGGUGUUAUUGUUGUAAUUCUGGUCCCCUAGACAUAACACACUUAAAAUCCAGAGGGAAGAUAUGGAAGAAGAUUCCUGUUCUUCUUUUACUCUUUCUCUCUUUCUUUCACACAGACACAUGCACAUGCAAACACACACACAUACAUACAUACAUUUUUGUGGUUCAUUUCUGAUUGUGCCAUUAAUGCGCUUAAGCAACCCUUUAUGUUGUGCUGGCAAUGUCAAUGAAGACGUGAGUGGUUUUUCAUUUUCUAUUUUAUACAUUUAAAAGUCCUGGUAUUUGUUUUUACUUUUAUUUUGCUGUCUGGUUUGUUUGGCGUGAUGGUUAAUUGACUGAUUAACUGAACAAUUAACAUCUGUUACAUGAGAAGGCCAAUGUACAUGUAUCUUUCUGGUGCACUGCAAUAAUAAUGCAAGAACAACACAAGCAAACUUAACAGUAAUGAGAUACACAAAAGCACCCGGUUGUACUAACACAGCUCUAGGCUUCUUUAUGUGCAUUGUAACACUCAGUUGUUAGAUAAAUGCAUAAACAGGCUGGUUCCUGUGAAGAAAGUUGACAAAUAAAACAAUAUUAAAAAUUUGUACCUUAUUUAACCCCCCUUUUGUGAGGAAAAAUACAUUUUGAUAAAGUUUAGAGAGAAGUUUUUAUUUUGCUUCACUAACUCUCACUAUCAAGGCCUUAGGAAUGGCUGAGAGUUUGACUAAUACCAAUUUGACCUUUUUUGCUUUAACUUCCUUUUUACUUACAAUUUUAUUGAUCACCCUUCAACACUUAAAUCAACAGAGCACUCCCUUAGUGUUGUAUGUGUAGAUAGGUAAAAAAAAAGUUUUCUUUAUAUUGAGGCAAUUUUCUGUUUAUCAAUGGAGGAAAGCCAACUAUGUCUCAAUCCACAGCUAACGUUGAAAAGGAUCUGUGACCUGACUAAUGUGUACAUAGAUGCCUACAGGGUUUGGUUGCAAAUUACUGAGUCGUGGGUAACGGAUUAGGUCAAAGAGGGAGUCUUUAGAAACAAGUCUGGGAUCAGUUCAGACAGUUUUCUUAAUAAAUACUCAAUGCUAUCAUGUUUAGAGUGCAACUAACCCAAGAUUAGUGCGAAGGGUUGUAUUUACUCUUCCAAAAGACCUGUUCUGCACCCACUGUGUUCUCGACCUGAGUAAGAUCUACAGCUAAAUAUUUCAAGCCCAGAGACGCCAUGUCCAAACAGAAAUGUGAACAUAAAAUUCAGUCAUUGUUACAGCAAAUGUCAGAAAGUUAAAGUCCACUUCCUGCAGAGACAUGUAAAAUUUAGCUGUGGGUGCAUUUAACGUUCUAUAACAUCGAGAUGUCAGAGAGGGUUGGAGCAUUUCAAAGACUAGAUUGGAAAUGACUGUGAAGGCUGCUGUGGACAGUGAGGUUCUUUGGUGUGUGCCUUUUUGUCUUUCACCCUUGUUAUAAUACACCGCUGUUAGAUGCAAAUCAACUCUCUUCUCAACUUCUCAACCUUUUGAACUUUGUAGCUUGUAAAAUAUUGUUGACGUCACAAAGUUUUUUGCCCUACUCUCUCCACUUCCUUAACAUCUGAUCACAGCUUAUGUAUGUGUAAAGAAAAAAAAACUCUUUAAUUUAAUGCAAAAAUGUAAUUAAAAAAAGAAAAUAAAAUUCUUGUCAUGAA